GGGAAGGACAACUGGGAAAGGAAUGAGGUGCUGAGGAGGGAGGUGCACCCUAGUACAUGACAAGGUGGUACCUAACCAGGGAGAAAAAGAUCUGAUUCUCAAAUCUGAUUCUCAAAGUUGAAAAGAGAAGUAGGAGAAGAAUGGGAUACAGCCACUCCAGAGAAAAAAGAGAGUUUCAGCUACAAGGGGUAUCCUAAUUCAUGAGCCAUUGAUGGUUUGUCCAGCUAAAUAAACCUUAAAUCAGAAACUCAAGACACUCUGCCAGAAAAACAAAUUUGAGGUCAGUCGAGAGAAAAUUUUACACCAAGCUAGUAGGUAGAGAGCGCAGCACAUCUGGGAAACGUGGCAAGAGCUCAACAUGGCCUCAGUGCGAGAGGUAUCCAGCUUCACUGAGGACCUGCUGUGCCCCAUCUGCCUCUCCAUCUUUCGGGACCCUCACAUGUUGGAGUGUGGCCACAGCUUCUGUGCUCCAUGCCUAGAGCCCUGCAUUCCCAAGGGCCAAAGGCGUGGGCUUUGCCCUGAAUGCCGGCGACCAUUUGCCCUACGCCACAUGGCCAUCAACCGAGCUCUGUGCAGCCUGGCAGAGAAGGCCCGGCUUCUUAAACUGGAUGAAGGCCCUCAGCUGGGAGGGACUGGAGGCUGGUAUUUCUGUGAAGAACAUGAGGAACCACUCAAACUCUUCUGCAGCCAGGAUGAGGGACCAGUCUGUGUCAUCUGUCGGGACCUGCCUCAGCACCGUGGGCAUGACUUCUUGCCCAUCAAAAAUGCAGUUCUGGCUUAUCAGGACCAACUAAAGGCAUCUCUAGAGCCUCUGGAGGAGGGUCUCAGGCGUCUGAAAAUGAGCCAGUGUCGCCAGCAAGAGAACAUUAUAGAAUUAAAGACCUGCUCUGAAUCCUUGUCUGACCAUCUCUCUGGGGAGUUUGUGAAGUUGCACCAACUGCUAAAUGACAGAGAGCUGGGGUUAAAGGAGGCCCUGGAGAAUCAAAGAGAAAAGAACUUGGCCCAAAUGGAAACAAAAUUAAAGGAAUUAAAUGAGAAGGUGGCUUCUUGGUCUGAAACCCUCUGUCAAGUACGGGCGGGACUUGAAUGCAAAGACCACAUCAGCUUCCUCAAGGAAGCAAAGGAGUUGCUGGAGAGAGUUCGUAAGGAACAAAGGUCCCAAGGUGAAGAGGAAGAGGAAACAGAAGCAGAGAUGAUGGAAGAAGGAUUGGGAGCCAGUAGUGAAGACACAGAUGAGUGUGACAAUGAGGCAGAGGAGGGUGGGCUGAGAGUUAAUGAAGAUGUUGAUGAAGAAGAAGAGGAAGAAGAGGAGGAGGAAGAGGAGGAGGAAGAAGAAGAGGAGGAAGAAGAGGAGGAGGAGGUGGAACAAGAGAGAACAGCAGAGAUGGAGGAUGAGGAUGCGGAUGAAGAUGGAGUGGUGCCUGUAGAUUUGAACCUGGGAGAGUUCAAAGGGCCUCUGCAGUUCUAUGCCUGGAAAGAACUCUUGGGUGCAGUGCAUCCAGUCCCAGCCUGCAUCACCUUGGACUGCAACUCUGCUCAUCCCAGCCUGGUUCUUGUGGAGGAAGCCACUGGGGUCAAGUUCAGCCCAGGCAGACGUUUCUGGCGACGGAAGCCAGAGCGCUUCACCUCCAGCCCUUGUGUGGUGGGUAGGAAGGGCUUCACUUCGGGGAGAUACUAUUGGGAGAUACGGGUUGGGGACAGCACAGGCUGGGUGGUAGGGGCAGCUAAGAAAUCUGUGAAACGCAAGAAGCGCCUGAAUUUUCAUCCCAAGGAAGGUGUGUGGGCCAUUGAGCUGAGGGCUGGACAGUACCAAGCCCUGAGUGAGCCACGCACACUUCUCUCGGUCUGUGGGAGGAUGGAUAAGGUUGGGGUGUACUUGGACUGUGAAGGGGGGCAGCUGUCCUUUUACAACAGCAGCAGCAUGAACCACCUCUACACUUUCCAAGAAUCCUUCCACGAGGAGUUGCUUCCCUUUCUCAGCACACAAGGCAGCCAUCCCCUCUCCGUGUGGGACCUGGAGCUCUGAGUCCCCCAGGCUCAGAUGGCAGGGGUUUUUUAAAACAAGAAAAUAUUGAUGAAGAACAGGAAACAAUAUGGAUGUAGGGAUAGUCCUUUUUGAAAUGGUGCCCAAAUGUAAGCUAUGUUAAGCACCUUUGACAAACAAUAAUUCUUCACAGAUCUGAAUCUGGCGAAAGAAAGCUAUUGUUGUGCAUGUGAAUUUCCUCCCUCCCACUACACAAUGCUGUCUGGCCAUAAGAAAUUUUGGCUGCUAAGUUUGCUACCUUUUGGACUGAACUGCCUUUCUUUUGUCUUUAACUACAGCUUGGGCCCAUUCCCACUAUUAUUUAAACUGGAUCGUAUUGAAUCACGAUCUGGUUUAAACCACUAUGGUUCCCACUUGGGGAUCGAUUUGGAAUUGAUUCCUAAGGGGGGGGGGGCAUGGUUUUCUCCCAUUUAACUUGUGCCAAAAAAGAGCUGGGUUUUCCCACUCCUUUUUGGGCUGAAUCGAUUUAUUUGACAAUAAAUCGAUUUGACAAUAAAUCGAUUCAGCCCAGUGGGAACCCAGACAGAUUCGAAUCCUCCACGGCAGCCCCUCUCCACCACGACUGUGCCUCUCUCCCACCCAUACCUCCCUCUCUCCCUCUUUCCUUCCUCACCUCCCCCUUCUUCCCUCCUUCCCUCCUGCCUGGCAGCCCUGGCAGUACCUGGAGCUGUCAGGGCUCCCUCUGCUGCCUGCUUCGGCUCCCUUGCCUCCGUCUGUUCUUCUUGCGGUGGCAGGCAGAGAAGGCUGCCAGCCGGGGCUCGUUGGACGUGCCUCUGUCCGGCGUGCCUUAAUCCAUCCUCUAAUGGUGUCCAGGAUGGAGGCACGUUCAAAGACCCCCAGUUGGUAGUUGAGGCCUCCCUGAGCUUGGCCAUUCCCAGAAUCCCAGGGAGGAGGGAGGGAGGGAAUCCCAGCUCAGGGAGGCCUUGGCAGCCUGGAGGACAGUGGUGGCAGCAGCGGUGGAGUAGGCUGCCAGCUGGGAGUCUUUGGACGUGCCUCCAUCCUGGAUGUUGUUAGAGGAUGGACUAAGGCACGCCGGACAGAGGCAUGUCCAACGAGCCCCAGUUAGCACCCUUCUCCACCUGUCGCCGCUGCUGCCACAAGAAGAAUGGAUGGAAGCAAGGGAGCUGAAGCAGGUGGUGGAUCGAGCCCUGACAGCCCCCGCUGCCGCCGCCACCACCGGGGCCCCCAGGCAGGAGGGAAGGAGAGAAUGAUGAGAAGGAGGGGGAGGGAGGGAGGCAGGCAGGCAUGGCAGGAGAGGCUGGGGAAAGGUGAAUACAACCAGCGCAAACAUAGUGGCAACCACUGUGUUGACUGAACCAGUUUUAAGAUUCCGUUCCAAAUAAGUGGGAAUGGGUCCAACUGAUUCACAGUUCACACGUGAACUGGUUGAGAUGCCAAUUUUCAUCAGAACUUCUAAAUUUUGCCUGCUUAUUUCACUACAUUAAACUGCAGUAGGAAAAGACAAGAGCAAGCCAUCUUCAUGUAUUUGAGUACUUUAUGGCACAUAUUCUACUGGUAUUUUUGGUGGAGGGGUUUGGAAGGAAGUAACAAAAUCUGUUUGAUCAGAGACCAGAGUGUUGAAAAGGGAGUGGGGGGAGAAAAGAACAAUUGUAAACCAUGAGCAGCUAUAAUUCUGAGCUACCUCCAUGAGACAUCUGAAAACCUCUCAACCUGUAAACUUUAUGGGAGGAUCAGAAAGAUUUUCAUAUCAAUAGCUUAUUUCAAAAUAAUUUUGGGUACACAUAAUUCUUCCAAGUAGUAACACAGAUACACAAACAUUUACUUUUCAAUCCAUCAUUCUUUCUUGCCUGUCCCACCUGCCUGAGAUGUCUUCAUCUGAGUCAUGCACUCUGGAUAUAUAUAAGCUUGUACCAAUAAAUUUAUUGAUUAUUAGAACUCUGUGCUUACCACACUCCCCUCCCACAAAUGUGCCAAAAUGUGAAUUAAGUCAUGUAUUUGUGAAACUAAGGUUGCGUAUCUUUCCUUCCCUGGUUGUACACAUUUUGAAUUCUGUUUAAACAUGCAUUGUCAAUUCAUACAUUGUUCCACUUGUCUGUAAUGGUCAAGCGACCUCUCUCAGUGGCAAUAAAUGUUGGGUGCU